AUGUCAAAUCAAUCAAAUGACCACUCGGGAGAACUACAACUUAUUCACUCUGUGGUUACUCUUGUGAUCGACCAACAUUUAAAGACGCCAUCGGGACCCACUCACCUAGGCUUGGCUGGGGUUCUCCACAAGAGCUCGUUGCAGAAGAACGACUGUUGGAACUUCUGGAAACAUGAGACUGGAAGAAGGAAAAUUGUUCUAGUUGAUGCAAUAUCCCAAAUGACUACACUUGGUCAAAUAUGCUUUAGUGCAGGCCAAAUUCCAAUAAACAAUUACCUCAAGCAGAAGGGAUUUCGGGAGGGUGUUUACCGACAUCCCAGUGGCAUUUCCAGCGGUUUGCUUACCACACCCGUUUCCAUCGUGAUUACAACUAGACUUGAAACCAGGCAACGUGGUCGCGAAUAUACUAAGAAGGAACCAUUUGUCAUACAUUCAACGUAA